UUUCUUUACAGGAACACUGAGAGAAAAACAAAUGUUGGCGCAGAAGAUAAUUUUCGCCAUUUUGGCAGUCUCAGCAGCUGCACAAGAGCCACUUCUGACAGACCCUUUCAAUGACCGUAUGGACCCCAACUUCGGCGGUCAGCAAAGCUUGGUGGAUGGCGAUAUGACCAGUUUGCGUAAUCUAGAGAACGAUCAAAUCUUACCCGCAACACCUGUUGAUGGCAUGAGCAAUUUAGAUGAUAGUCUAAUGCGAGAGCGUUAUAUGGGAGCUGAUCUAGACCGAUCAAUGCAAUAUCGCGAAGGACGCUUCGACGAUCCAUUGUACUCACGAAAUGACCAAGGCUUGUCCGGAAUGAUUGACCAACAGAGAAUGUCUUCAUUAAGCCUGCCUAACAAUCUAGACAUUGGACGGAUGAGAAUCCCUAAUGAUGAAUUAGAUAUGUAUCGUCUUGGUCAACCUUCCAAUGAUGUUUUGGACAAUUUUCGAGACGUUAGAAGUGACCAACGUUUGUCAGGUUUUGUAGAUCAACAAGACAUAACUACUGCAGACCCUUUUAGAUAUGUAGACGACAGACAAACAUCCCGAUUAGGCUCAGGCGCCUUUGACUCACAACUGAAUAACCUUGAUCUGGGAAAUGAAGCUGAUCUGUUAAGGUUAGCUGAUGAACAGAGAAUGUCUACUAUGAACGCUUUAAACAAUUUGGAGUCCAUGCAGAUGUCACCUUUUAGUUCUCCUACUGUAGACUCAUCUCAAAAUUAUGAAAAUUUUGGGUAUGAUCAGUUUCUUUCAGGAUCAUUUUACCAACCACUUAUUAAUGCUAUUCAAUCCCUCAGUGGUAUAGUCAGACAACAAAUGGCACAAGCAAAUUCCGAUAUUCUUCCUAAUCAAGAUAUUUACUCUAGAUAUGAUCAAUUUCGUAAUCCUACAAUGAACGAAAAUGCUGGAAUCCUGCCCAAUGUUUUAAGAGGUUUUUCACCUGAUCGAGAAGAUCCUCUCUUAGACAGACGUUAUAUGCCUUCUGAUUCUUUAUCUUCACAGUAUUUUUCGAAUUCCCAAAGGUACCCUUCUACAUUAUUCGAUGAUCUUGGGCUAGAAUCCCGCAGGUUCAACAGAAUGGAUCCUUUUACUGAUGAUAUGUCUGUUGGUGGUCUAAGUGGUUUCCCAACCUCUGGAUUUGAAAAUGAUAUGCAACUCGGGAGAAGGGAAAGUAUUCUGGAUUCUUCAGAUUCUCAAAUGUCACUUGGCCGGGGAUACGAUAUGUCUCGAACGAUAAUGAACAGAAUUGCAGAUAAUAUGGAAAGGCUGAGAUCAUUGUCAAACGACAGACAAAUUGAUCCAAUGUUGUCACGCCUUGAUGCUGGAAGAAGGGAUGUCUUCGAGGAUUCCAUGGACCGUAUUUCGCUCACUCCUCAAAGCAGAAGAAUGGAGGGAAACAUGGCGCUAGAAAGGAGAACCGCCGAAUUGUUUUAGUAGAGACUGAUAUGGCAUGAUCCCUUACAUCAAGAUUAAAUGCAACAUUUAUGUAUAUUAAUUUAAAAAAAGAAUAUUGUUGGAUCAUAAUACUGCUUAUUUAUUAAAAGAAAUCUUGUCUUG